AUAAUUGUUCAAGGUCUGCAUCUGCGAACGAACUAACGAGCGAGGGCGAGGGUUAAAAGGAAUCUUCUGAAGUCGUUUCAGCGUCUAGGUUUAGGUUCAGGAGCAGGUGGCUAUGGCGCGUGUGUAUGUCGGUAACCUGCCCUCGGGCAUCCGUGAGGAGGAUUUGGAGACAGAGUUCGUGCGCUUCGGCAGGCUAAGGAACAUCUGGGUGGCGCGCAAGCCUCCAGGAUUUGCGUUUAUUGAGAUGGAUGACCUCCGUGACGCGGAGGACGCGGUGCGCGCUCUGGACGGCAUGAAGGGCUGGCGUGUGGAGAUCUCCCGCAACCGCGGUCCGCCCCCAGGGCGCGGCGGCGGCGGCGGCGGCGGCGGCGCCUUCCGCGGCCCCCCCCCGGACCGCUUCGACGACUUCCGCCGCAGCCCGCCGCGACGCCGCAGCCCGAGCCCUAUGCGCCGCCGGAGCCCCAGCCCUUACGGCCGCCGCGCCAGCCCGCCGCGACGCCGGUCGCCCAGCCCGCCGCGCCGCCGGUCGCCCAGCCCGCUGCGCCGCCGGUCGCCCAGCCCGCUGCGCCGCCGCAGCCCCAGCCCGAUCCGCCGCCGCAGCCCCAGCCCCAUCCGCCGCCGCAGCCCCAGCCCGCCACGCCGGUCGUCCCCGCGCCGCGAUAGCCCUGUGGGCGAGCGCCGGCCGCGUAGCCCCAGCCCCAUCCGUGAGCGCUCAGCCUCGCCGCCCCGGCGCUCGCCGCCGCCGCUGCGGAGCCGCAGCCGCAGCCGCUCGCCUGUACGCGACUAAGCAUGGCGGCGAGAGUUGGCCACGGCGCUUUGGCCGUUGGCCAGAGCAGGGUGUGUCACUAGUGACGUGUUUGUUAGUUUACGUGAUGUGGGUACUGGCAGUGCCGGGUAGUUCGAGGGGCAGGACGAGGGGCAGGAGAGGGUGCACAAGCGCUUUUGUGAUACAAAUCAUGAAGUCGAGCCCGAUUGGCUUGAUGGUCAUGGCAGGCGCCGCCAGAGGUGCCCCCGGGCGCCGCAAGGGCAACCAGGCAUGCUGCAGUGGAAGGGAUAGGAUGGCGACGCCUAAUACAAUGAAGUGACGAGUCUGGUGUCCCGCGGAGGCAGCGGUUGAGCGCCCGUUGAGAGCAUGCGGGCGCGCAGGAGAGAGUAAGUGCGGUGCUUGCGCGUGUGCAGGUGUGCUGCGUCCCAGGCAUGGGGGCUAUGGGGCGACACGAAACAUGGAGCUGCAGACGCCAAGGAGGAUGCCAAGCUGCCGGAGUGGAGGCAUGGAGCCAAAGCAACAAAGCGGAAAUACAAAGCUUAGGGAACUGUAACGCACUGGCUGU